AUGGUGAUGCUGUUGUCACAAAUUAAGUAUUCUGAAAUCGUCAUCAACUGCGUGCUCACGUAUCAAAUGCAAAUAUGUCUGGGUCUGGAAAUCUGUGAUGCUGAAUUGAGCAUGAUUGAAGCGCUUGCAAUGGCAGCCAGGCAUGACAAGUUUUGGAGACGCCUGCGAAUGCCUACCACGCAUCACAAAUUGCAGCGUUUUUGCAUGACAAAACAAGCUUCUCUUUUGCUGCUCAUGCAACACAGAUUUUCCAGGAAUGCAAGACACGCAUCACAAGUUCCACUGUUACAGACCCAGACAUAUUUGCAUUUGAUAUAACGAGUCAACUGACCAUUUUACUGGCUGCUCGGACCACUGCGAGGACAACUGGAAGUGAAAGUGAAGCCAAAGUGCUGCUGUCCACAGUAAAAACAAGUAAAGCUGCUUCCAGACGAGAGCUGUGCGGCCUCUUUGAAUGCUAUAGCUCCACGACCGGCUCUGGAAAUAUUAACUUGUUGUGUUGUUGACUGUAAGUACACUCACAUUUUAUUUCAUCCAGAGUAGCAGCUUAUUCCAUAUCAAC